GCUCCGGCGUGGAGGAUCCCGUGGGCGAGGUCUCCGUGCACGUGGAGCUCUUCACCCACCCUGGGACUGGGGAGCAGAAGGUCACGGUGAAAGUGGUGGCUGCCAAUGACCUCAAGUGGCACACGUCCGGCAUCUUCCGGCCGUUCAUCGAGGUCAACAUCAUCGGGCCGCAGCUCAGCGACAAGAAGCGCAAGUUCGCGACCAAGUCCAAGAACAACAGCUGGGCCCCCAAGUACAACGAGAGCUUCCAGUUCACGCUGAGCGCCGACGCGGGCCCCGAGUGCUACGAGCUGCAGGUGUGCGUCAAGGACUACUGCUUCGCGCGCGAGGACCGCACGGUGGGCCUGGCCGUGCUGCAGCUGCGCGAGCUGGCCCAGCGCGGGAGCGCCGCCUGCUGGCUGCCGCUGGGCCGCCGCAUCCACAUGGACGACACGGGCCUCACGGUGCUGCGCAUCCUCUCGCAGCGCAGCAGCGACGAGGUGGCCAAGGAGUUCGUCAAGCUCAAGUCGGACACGCGCUCGGCCGAGGAGGGCGGCGCCGCGCCUGCGCCUUAGGGCGGGGCGGGUUGGGCGGCAGGGCGCCUGCGCGGAGAGGGGCGGGCGGCAGGGCGCCUGCGCGGAGAGCGGGGGCGGGGCGCCCGCCCGAGGUGCGCGCAUGCGCAGAGAGUGUGCGAGCAUGCCCCCUGGAACGGGUGCCUGCGCCUGGGCCACUGUGAGCGGGCAACGCCCCGCCCUCCUGGGAGGCCACGCCCCCUAUCAGAGGCCACGCCCCAGCGUCUGGGGGCGGGAACCUUAGGUGCCGGGAUGGGAGGAGGCCCCGCCCCUACGGAGAAGGCGAGAUUCCUGGCCCUGCCUCCUGUCCCCCGGAAAAGCCAUAGCGGGUCCCCAAGUCCCCGGGGCCCGGGACCCAUUGCCAAGUCGAGAACGCAGCUCCUGGGCUGGGGGCUGGCUCCCGGGAGCGACCCCUCCCCCAGGUGGUCCGCGGGCCGUGGGGACCCGGAUGCGGGGAGGGGGUUGGAGGGAGCGGUACAGGCCCACCCAGGCUCCUCUGAUGUUUGCAAAAACUACACGCGGGCCAGGGGCAGAGCGGGACUUCCAAAGCACACGCGCCCUUGGGCGCCAAACACCGGGGGCCGCGGGGGCGGCUCCGGGGCUCCCCUGCGCCCUCGCCCCCCACGGGGCAGGGCUUGCCUCCCCCCCUGCCCGGCACACCCAGUCCUCACAGCGCGGGAGCGUUACUCGCCCGUUGCACGGACGGCCAAGCGGCGGCGUGGGCUGGGGUCGGAGGCCCGGCCGCGCGCCCCAUUGCUGCUAUCUCCCUCCCCGGGGCGGGGGUCCCGGGCCUGCCCUCCCAACUCCGGCUGCCAGGCUAGACCCCUGCCUCACGCCUUCCUGUGGGCCGGGGGCGCCUGGCGUCGCUGGACCUCCCUCAGAGUAGAGAGAGCGAGGACUCGGGGAUCGGGGGUCGCCGGGUGGACCCUGCCUCCUGCCCAGGGACCCCGGGCGGGGAAGGACGGGAAGAGACCAGGAAUGCUAGGGCUGUGUGUGCGCCUGUGCGCGGGUGCACCUGCGCAUCCGCGUGCGGCGAGGCUGGGCGGCCAGGCACAGUUGUUUCAGUCGCACACUGAUCCAGGCCUUGGUGCGGCUUCCUGCCGUGUGGGCGUCCCCUCGGUUCGGGCGGGUUGAGUGAUAGCAGUGUGGACACGGGUUAGAAUGUAGGGCCAAGGCAGAGCCUGGAUUCUCCGUCUGAGGGACAGGAGUGGGAGCGCAAGUUUGGAGUCCUGUUUUCCAGAAUAUUCCUUAGGGGUCUUCAGCCAGUCCUCCAUGAGCAGGUGUGUGCGUGCGUGCGCGCGUGUCGGGUACCCCAAGACUGACCCAGGGCCAGGGCUUUCCCCGCAGGCCCCAGCAGGUGGACGUGAGCCCAGCCAAGGGCGGGGGCGGGGGACCCCGCUGGACCCCCGCCGGCUCCGGCUCACCCGGGGGCCCAGGGUGCCGCCCACUUCCGGCACGAGCCGGCCCAGGUCUCCACGGCCCAGGGUUCGACACGGAGGGUCAGGGUGCCCCGCCCCGGAGGGGGGGGACGCAGAGAGACUCAGGGACAGAGGCCGGAGGACCCGGAACGCCAGGAGGAGGUGCCCCCGCAGGCCCCGCCCCCACCCCGUGCCCCGCCCCCAUCAGACAUGCAAAAAACUCAACACCCAACUAGAAAUCCUCUCUCUCUCUCUCUCUCUCUCUCUCUCUCUCUCUCUCUCUCUCGGCUGGGAUCUCAGCGCCCCCUGUUGCCCCCUCCCCUGCUGCCUGUGCCCGCGCUGUCCCCCCCAGCUCUGCGGGGAGGGGCGGGCUGGGCCCCCCGACCCCGGCCUCGUCUCCCCGCCUCCCCCACCCCUCCUGAGAAUCCCUAAGGACCAAAGUUGUGUUCGCGGGGCUCCUGUUCCUUCUUGGCUGCGCCUUUUCAUUUUAAUUUCAAAGACGGAAGUCAAGGUGACAGGUGGCCAGGGAGACCCCUCGAACCCAUCCCCCCACAUCCCCUGCCCAGCCAGGGUGACGCUGGCGACAGAGGCCCCAGGCGCAGAGCCCCCACCCCACCCAACCUCAAGUCCCAGCUGCACAGCCAGGGGGACCAGGACCCCGCCCCGUCCCGCCCUCCCCAACAAGGGGGCCCAGGACCCCGCCCACCCCACGGUGGGGGACCAGGACCCAGCCCAUCCCAGCCAGGGACCCCAGGACCCCGCCCCAUCCCCGCCCACCCCAGGUCCUCGGCCACGCCCACCCUGGCCAGGGGGCCCAGAACUCCACCCCAGCCAGGGGGCCCAGGGCCCCACCCCAUCUAUACCAACCCCAGGACUCCCCCCCGGCCCUGCCCACCCCACACGGGCCCCAGGGCCCCGCCCCAUCCCCGCCCACUCCACGCGGGCCCAGGGCCCCGCCCACCCAGCGCCGGCCCCGCCCCGGGAGGCCUCGCCCUCCGCGCGCCCGCUCCCAGCAUGCGGUUGCAGACGUAAAAUCAAACGUUGUUGGUUUUCUGAUUUCGGGGGCUUUUGUUUGCUUGGAUUCCGCACGGGCCUGCGCCUGCGCCGUGGCCGCGGGACCCCGGCGCACGGGAACCGCUCACGGGUGCAUGGUGUGGACACGUUUUGCACUUCUCUCUUUUUGGUCUCUGUAAAAAUAUUUUAUUAAAAGCAGACAUUAAAAAAAAAGAAGAAAGGG